AUGAUCGCAAAGCUGUUUACUCUCGCAGCCGUCAUUGCUCUGGCUACCGCUGCGCCAGUCUCCACCUAUAAACUAGCAUCCGAGAUCGCCGCUAAGCGUGAUCCCGCUAAUGACCUGAUCGAAUACUACAUCGAUGGACCUUCUGAGAACGAUAAAAAGCGCGAUGUGAAAAUGAGACGCGAUCCCGAAAACGAUCUCGUUGUCUUCUACAUCCCCGAGGAAUCCAAGACCACGAAGCGUGAUUCUGAGAAUGAACUCGUGAAAUUCUACGUCGGAAAGGAAGAUGUCGACAAGAGGAGCAACAAUGGCUUGCCGGUCUACUCUUCCGUCGACGCGGAUGGUCUGAGGCGGCGCGACUCCGAGAAUGAACUUGUCAAGUUCUACGUUGGAGCGGAAUCUACUGAGAAGAGGAACAAUGAUGCUGUCUAG